CAUUAAGGUUAGGUUGGCUGCAUGAGAGGCCGUCGUCUUGCUGCUGAAAUUUGGCUAUAGGGGAAGGAAAAUACAGUCUAAACUAUUUUUUUUUUUUUUUUUAAUAAUAAUAAAAACAUCCCGAAGACAAUUUCCUGCUUGUUGACCGGACGGUUUUGAAUAUUCGGACACGAGUCGUCGUUAAGCCGCCGAAGCAUCCUCAACGUUUACGGGGUCGAUUUGCUCCAGAAAACCCAGGAGUGUUUCAUGCAGGCGUUGAACACCUCGAUUCCCACCGAACAAACAUCUAAAUCGAGGUAACUCCUCAACCCCCCUUCUUCCCUGUUCUGAGUCCUAAGUACCUCUCCUGCCCCUACAUCCCUUCUAACAUUCCCUCAGGACCUUGAGGCCACUUUGGGCUGGUGGCCUUCUUUCCCAAAGCCUUCUUGGGAAAGCGGGUUCCUCGUCCAGUUUCUUUUUUACCCCCAAACCUUGUCCCGCGUUUCACGGCUGAACCAUAACACCACCCGAGGAUGUCCUCUAUCUUGCCAUUCACGCCGCCAGUGGUGAAGCGCCUGCUGGGCUGGAAGAAGUCUGCGAGUGGCUCGGGCGGAGCAGGCGGCGGAGAGCAGAAUGGUCAGGAGGAGAAGUGGUGUGAGAAGGCGGUUAAGAGCCUGGUGAAGAAGCUGAAGAAGACAGGCCAGCUGGAUGAACUGGAGAAAGCCAUCACCACGCAGAACUGCAACACCAAGUGUGUGACCAUCCCCAGCAAUUGCUCUGAAAUUUGGGGACUGAGUACUCCAAAUACGAUAGAACAGUGGGAUACCUCAGGCCUAUACAGCUACCCUGACCAAACCAGAUCUCUGGACGGACGCCUGCAGGUGUCUCACCGUAAGGGGCUGCCUCACGUAAUCUACUGCCGCCUGUGGCGAUGGCCCGACCUGCACAGCCACCACGAGCUGCGCGCCAUCGACACGUGCGAGUUCGCCUUCAACCUCAAGAAGGACGAAGUGUGCGUCAACCCCUACCACUACCAGCGGGUGGAGACACCAGUCCUACCACCUGUCCUCGUGCCAAGACAUACAGAAAUUCUGACUGAACUGCCUCCUCUGGAUGACUAUACCCAUUCCAUACCCGAAAACACCAACUUCCCUGGAGGGAUCGAACCCCCCAACAACUAUAUACCAGAAACUCCUCCACCAGGCUACAUCAGUGAGGAUGGAGAGACCAGUGACCAGCAUAUGAAUCAAAGUAUGGACACAGGCUCCCCUGCAGAACUGUCGCCAAGCACACUCUCACCUGUUAACCAUGGCAUGGACUUGCAACCAGUGACCUACUCUGAGCCCGCUUUCUGGUGCUCCAUAGCUUACUAUGAGCUGAACCAGCGGGUCGGGGAGACCUUCCACGCCUCGCAGCCUUCCCUCACUGUGGAUGGAUUUACAGAUCCUUCCAACUCCGAGCGCUUCUGCUUGGGCCUGCUGUCCAACGUCAACCGCAACGCCACCGUGGAGAUGACUCGCAGGCACAUAGGUCGCGGAGUCAGGCUGUAUUAUAUCGGAGGAGAAGUGUUUGCUGAGUGUCUAAGCGACAGCGCCAUCUUUGUACAAAGCCCUAACUGUAACCAGAGGUACGGCUGGCACCCUGCAACCGUCUGUAAAAUCCCCCCAGGCUGUAACCUGAAGAUCUUCAACAACCAGGAGUUUGCUGCACUCUUGGCUCAGUCGGUCAAUCAGGGUUUCGAGGCCGUCUAUCAGCUCACCAGAAUGUGCACCAUCCGCAUGAGCUUUGUGAAAGGCUGGGGGGCUGAGUACAGACGGCAGACUGUGACGAGCACUCCAUGCUGGAUCGAGCUGCACUUGAACGGACCACUGCAGUGGCUGGAUAAGGUUCUGACCCAGAUGGGUUCUCCCACUGCCCGCUGUUCCAGUAUGUCCUAAUCGCCAUGACGACGAUGUCCACACCCCCUCCCUGAAAUCUGCAAAGUCCACAAUCACAAGAAACGACAAGUAGAACAACAGACGUGCUAUAAUCCCCAGCUCUCUCUCUCUCUCUCUCUCCCCCCCACUCUCUCUCUCUCUCUCUCUCUCUCUCUCUCUCCCCCCCCUCUCUCCUCCCUGAUGUUCUCACUUUUCGGAACUGAACAUGGCACUUGCUGUCACAUCAGCUUCAUGCACCUUUAAUUCGCUCCCCCCAUAAAUCCUCAAUAUUAAAUGUAUUAGUGGUAGAAUUUGAAAUGUAAUUUUUUUUUUUUUCUCCUUUUCUUAUAAAGGCUGGGAAGGGGUGUGUGUGUGUGUGUGUUAGGGAAGUAACAGAAGGCAGUUAAUAACUUGGCACAGAUGUUUCAGUAAAGCAUUCCUUCCCCUUGAGGUGAUCACGUAAACUAAAUGUUUCUGAUUUUGUACUUUGCUUAACUAAGAGCUUACCUUCUGUUGGCAAAAUGUCAUAUUGCUUAAGCUUGAUCUCUUUUGCUGAGACUAAUCAACAAAAAGAAAAAGUAUUACUGCUUUUUAGUCCUUCCCACCCACCAAAUCCUUUCCUUCUUCAAAAGUAACGCCAAAAGACACCUUACUCACUACUUGUUCUUGAUAGCUGCACCCAACCACUAUGAAAGAAUGUUGCCUUAUAUGUUCAGGGUGCUGUCUUAUGGCAUGCUUCUUCUGAAAUCCAAUGUGAACAGAUAGGAAUGUUUUAGCAAAAAGGAAACCAUGUGAAGAAGACGAAGAAAAACAAGAAACAACCCGGACCAAUAUUUUCUUCACCUCUGUCUCUGUAUCGCCCUCAUAAGGUGAAUACGCACUAGAUCACUCUGGAGCGUUCUGAGUUGGGCUGAGGAAAAUCUUUAUGAAGAAAAACGACAAAAAAAAAGUAAUAAAAAUGAGUACACAAUCCAUAUCUUUAAAAAAAAAAAAAAGAAAAAAAAGAAAUCCAACCGUUUAAGCUUUAGGUGUUAAAGUAGGUUAUUCUUCACAAUCACAAUUUUUUUUCCCUUUAUCUUUCUUUUAGCUACUUUUUGUAUUUUCAUGUAUUUUUAUAUAUAAAUAUAUUUAAAAUCUUUACUGCUCUCUUCCUUUUUAUUAGAAUUGAGUAUUUUUUUAGAUCAUGCCCUCUUUUUAACGGAACAUGGCUUCAUGAUGAAAACGUCCUGUCACAAAAAUAAAAAAAGUUGUCAGUCGAAAUCUUGAACAAUCCACGUCUUUAUAUUCUACUCAGUUUCCGAUUGAAGCUGUCGCACCAAACUUUCAGCUCCUCAUCCUCUAUUGGCAUGUUUAAGUUUGUUAGUUCAGGGAAAAAACCCACAAAGAUUCUUUAACGUGUAAAUAUAAUUUUUUUUUUUUUUUUUAUCUUUUCUGCCCUGGAUGCUUUUCCAUGACCUAUGGUUCAUUUAAACGGGGGGAAAACAUCUACCUAUUGUCAAAUGUUUUAGAAAAAUGGCAGUGUUUUUCUCUUCACCCUUAAUCGGGUGAGAGAAGGAAAAGGAAAAAAAGACUCCUCAAAUGAUCAGCGUCUUACGAGAUGAAUUGUGCAACUUUUAGUGUGUGUUCAUGUUGUACAACUUUACUAAUGACUGUGAUCUAGCUGUCUGCCUUCCUUUACUUGUUGUGACGGUGGCAAGAUGUAAGAAAUCUUCAUUCCCCUGCUGCCACCUCUGUCUCUCUUUAGUUUUUGUUGAUCUUAUUACACUUGCGAUUGUAUUUUAAUUGCAGCGAGUGUGGAGAAGACAAAGAAGUUGUGGCCUGUUUGAAACUGUUCAGACACUGGGAACAUUCUGCUUGCCGGUUUUGACUGGGUAUUGAAAGAAAACCAAAUAGAACUGUUAAGUGGCCCAGACAUAUAUGCAUAUACAGUAUAUGUAUAUAUAUAAUUUUAUUUUUAAUGUUUUUUUUUUUUCUUUUUUUGGCAAAGCAUUUAACAGUUGGUGAGCUUAUUUUACCAUUAGACAGAUGUAUUGGUAGGACAUGAACGUUAUCAGGAGAUAAGCUUUUCAAGCGUGUUGCAUAUGCAGACUUCAUAAAUACACUAAUAAAGUUUUAAUUCUCAUGA